AUUCAGCGAAAACCUUUCAAUGUCAGUUGUUCAACAGUGAUGGUAGCUGCAAUGUUGUCCUUUGGUUUACCACGCUUAUCGACUCUGGGGAGGACAGCUCCACUGCUCGGUCGCUUAAGGUUACAAUGUACAAUUCGUGGAAUUGCUACAGGAGCCAAAGCUGUGGAGACAAAAAAGCUACCACUCACAGGUGUGCGCGUACUGGAUAUGAGUCGGGUCCUCGCAGGGCCAUACUGCACACAAAUUCUGGGUGAUUUGGGAGCGGAGAUAAUUAAGAUUGAACACCCUGUUCGAGGCGACGAUACCCGUGCCUGGGGCCCGCCCUUUGCAGCAUACACCGACGGUCGUGCUGGCAAUGGCGAAAGCGCAUAUUACCUUUCUGUCAAUCGUAACAAAAAAUCACUCGGUCUCUCUUUCGCCCACCCAGAAGGUGUCGAGAUCCUCCACCAGCUCGUGCGAGAGUGUGACGUGGUAGUAGAGAACUAUCUCCCUGGCUCUCUCAAAAAAUACAAUCUUGACUACGAAGCUUUGCGCCAGAUAAACCCGCGCCUUAUUUAUACCAGUAUCACGGGAUAUGGCCAGACAGGUCCUUACAGCAACCGACCAGGCUUUGAUGUGAUGGUAGAGGCGGAGUUUGGGCUCAUGCAUUUGACUGGUACUCGGGAUGGACCACCUGUGAAAGUCGGAGUUGCCGUUACAGACUUGACGACAGGUCUUUAUGCAUGCAACUCCAUCAUGGCGGCUUUGCUGGCACGGGCGAAUACGGGAGAGGGACAGCACCUUGAUGUGUGCUUGAGUGAUUGUCAGGUGGCAACGCUUGCUAAUAUGGGAGAGUCGGUAUUGAUUAGUGGGAAGAAGGAUUCUGGGAGGUGGGGGACUGCUCAUCCAUCCGUGGUUCCUUACCAAGCAUUCAAGACAGCUGAUGCAGAUAUCUUUGUCGGAGGCGCCAACGACCGUCUAUUCGGAAUUCUGUGCGACAAACUUGGUAGGGCGGAGUGGAAGACCGACCCACGAUUUAUCAGCAACAGCGAUCGUGUCCAUAAUCGAUCAGAGCUCGAGUCACUGAUUGAGGUUGAGUUGAUGAGGGAAACAACGCAGGUGUGGCAGGAUCGUUUCGAGGGAAGCGGGCUGCCCUUUGCGGUGGUGAAUGAUGUUCAAGGAACGAUGAAUCAUGAGCACGUACGUGCUCGUGGAAUGGUUCAAUCUAUUGACCAUCCUGCUUGUGGACCAAUCAAGGUUAUUAGCCCUCCCGUUAAGUACUCGAAUGCCGAGCCUAGUAUUCGAAGCCCACCGCCACUGCUAGGCGAACAUACCGAGGAGCUGCUGAAGGGCAUUGGGUUUGACGUCUCUCGAAUUGGGGAGCUAAAGAAGAAGGGGGUCGUUGCAUAG